GGAUUGUUAAUGACAAUGAUGAUGCAUAAUUCAUACAAGUCAUCAUUUCAGUCCAAAACAUUUCUUGACAACUAUCCAGAAUUGCAAACAUAUCAAGCAACUUCGGAAGAAAAAUGCAAGACUAUCAUCAUUUCAAUAUUCUAUUUGUUGAUUACAAUUCUGGUUGGAGUACCUUUAUGGUGGAAAACUACUACACCAUAUCAUGCUUCAUUGCCUUAUAAUGAAAUUCAAAUAUUAAGCUCACGUAGAAUUGAGAUAACUGUACCAAUCAAUGUGCUCAAUUUUCAUGCUGAACUUGAUGAUCGAAAUCUAUACCAAAUCAGUGAAAUAUUUACCCGUUUUAAUUUGGAACAGCAAGCAUUUUCGGUGACAGAUGGCUCUGAUGAAAUUUUAAUGAAUUAUCAUGUAAAUACCAGACAAAUGACGAAUCAGUUAGAAAUCCAAACAUAUACACAGUCGCUUUCAAAUGAUAUUCUUAGCUUUUGGUUAACAUUUGAAAAAAAUAUAAGCUUAUUGAAAGCAUUCAAUAUAAAAGACACUUCGAAGAGCUUUGAAAAUGACCAUCUUAUUGAACAAAGAAGAAACAGCAGUUCAUCUGUUUAUCAUUUUCUAUUAUUACCAAUAGUCAAUAUUGAUAAUUUAUGGUUAGAUGGAAUGAAUUUUAACAAAUCUACUACAUCAACAAAACCAUUUUCAAUUAUUAGAAAUUUAUUACAUUUGAAUUUAAUCUACAUUUUUAUUCCACCGACAAUUAUAUCAAGUGAAAAUAGUCAACUUUCAGAGGUAUUAGCAUUACAUAUAAAACAUUUAUUAGAUAAUGUUUUAAUACAAACUAAUCAUCUUAAGAAACUUGUACGAAAAUACGAUAAUCCUGUAAAUUUGUCUCCUGGUCAGUACAAUCAAAUCUCAAAAAUUAUAGAUAAACCAUUGUCUGUAUCUAGUAUGUACGAUGUAACUGUUACAGUGCUUACACUCGAUGAUUCUGUUUCACAAUUAGUAGAAGAAUCUAAUGAAAUAUCGGUUUGGACUAAUGAAAUGUUGAUAAAUCCUAUACCAUGGUUAAAAGCCCACGUAGGAUCAGCUUUUAAAAAUUGGUCGCCUUUUGUUCAAGUCGAUUUCUAUUCACAAAGACUUUAUGGAGUUAGUGCUGAACUAUUGAAAAAGAGUCAAUUGUCAAAAACCGGAAACUAUACAUUUUAUUCUCAAGAUGAUAUAUCCAAUCUUAUUAAUUAUUUAGAAUCAUUUUUGGGACCUCCUCAAACAGCGUAUGCAGAUAAUCUCGAUGUGGCUCUUUCUAAUCCAGGUCUACAUCUUAUUUUGUUAUUAAAUACUUUUAAAAGAAAUAAUUCACAUGGAGUUGACUGUCCUUUACCUUUAAGAUUUCAUAUAUCAUCAUAUUCAUCUGUAGUAAUAACUGAUUAUGCACUUGUACCUCAAUGGGGCGGUCUACUUUCUAUUGAUGCUUCUGAUUGUAUGGUAAGAACUGGGUGGUCAACCAAGAUGAUUGCACAAAAAAUUAUUUAUGUGAUACGUUCAAUAUUAGGUUUUCCACAAAUCAAAGAAAUGUAUUUUGAUCGGAAUGUGGAUAGUAGUCACGCCUAUCAUAUUCAAUCUAACAUGGACUUAAAUGGUCAAACAACGAAUUGGGAGCUUAACUUGUGGUUUCUUCGACGAACUAUUGAAUGUCUUACUGAGACAAAACGAACUAUUGAAUCAUUAAUAAACAUACUACAACGCCUUCCAAACAUGAUUAUACGAGAUGAUGUUGCUCAUGAAGUAUAUCACUCAUGUUCGAAUUGGUCAUUAGCUCUUGAUAGUCUCAAAAGACCUGAUGAAAUAAACAAUUCAGCGUCGUCACACGAGAUUAUGUGCUCCUUUGGUGCUACAUUCCAAUAUGCGCAUAAUGCUUUAAUUUCCUCAAAUGGCGCGUUUUUCGAUCACAGUCUGCUUGGUCUUUUAUAUUUCGAGGUGAGUAAGCUUUUUAUUAUUCUCGCCAUCUAGAGCGGUUGGUAAAAGCAUGUCAAACUAUGUCUAAUUAUUAUGGAGUACUCACCUUAUCAAAUACCUGGGAACCACUUAUUGGAUUAAAUGUAACCCAAUGCUUUACUAUAUUAAAUCCAGUGAAUAAUACCGAGUCACUAUCCUCUUUCAAUCUUAAGAAUACAAAAUCACCUUUUACGGAGGGAAGACGUCAUUUUUGGGGAAUUGGUCUUUAAAAUUAAAUUGUACGUACUUUUGACAGAUGUGCAGACGCAUAAUUAGUAUUUACUUUUCGUUGUGUAUGUAUUCUUGUGUAACUGGAACUCCGUAUUGUAGCGAGGUCUUUGCUAAUCUUAAGACUGUCAAAAUUAUUUGUGAUUGAUGAAUUUAACCUUAGUGCCCAAGCUUCAUUCUGUCCCACUAGCACACACCAUUGUAAGUGAUGUUUAUUUAAACACAUUGAUACAAAGGAGUAACAAAAUGUAUAUGCGCCACACAAAGUAGUUAUCAAUAAAUUUGUUUUCGCCAAGGAUUUUGUUGGAGUGCCCAAACCAUAGAAUGUGUUCUUGGGGGCCAUUCCCCGAGCCUUUGACCAAGAGGUCUAAUCCACGAUGUAGUGGAGCAACGUUGGGAGUUGCGGUUUCAUGGCAGCCGGUGAUCAAGAAUAGGUUUGGACGAUAUUUGUUCUCAGUGUUCUCCAACUCUGCUAAGCUGGCUUCAUAGAUGAUCUGCUUAAUAUACCUUCUAAGUUCAAUAAUCCUUACAGAAGAAUAUUCUUAGAUACAUAAAUAAAUGAAUAGUCAUCCGACUAUUUAUUUCCUUGAGUUUAUGCAGACUGCAGAGGUUUGUGGUUUCUUGGAAAGAAAGUCAUGAUCCGUGCAUGAACCUGGCUUAAAUGCUGGACAUUCGCUCAUGUUGUUAUAUCCUAGUGAAGAUUGAAUUACGAGUAACGUCUGAGAUCUAUUAACGGAAUAAUAUUAUCUAUAUAUUCUUACGAUAUAACUAUUCAGUAACUAGAUUGUAUAUAUCUAUUUUCCCCUUAUUAUAAGCUUAAUUUUGACCUAUAGAUUACUAUUGUACGAUUUACUGUUCCUAAGUUAUACUCAGUUUGUUAAUUACUGUCUCCCACGUUCACAGCCACUUUUGGCUAUAUUUCGUACGAGUGUUAUUUUCUGUUUUAUGGUGCGUUGUGGUCUGUUUGUUUGGUAUAUAAACCCAAUAUGUCUGAAACAAAUGAUUCGCAUAGUGGAGGCUGUUAUUGGCAUCCUGGACGGGCUAGGCUGACCAGACCGGUCGAACGUCAUUGGUUUAGUACAGUGUAAGAGCGAACAAGUCGUAUUUUGAUUGGAGAAUAGAUAACGUGAUAACAAGCGGCUCGUAAAAUCACAACACUCGUCCUCUCGAUUUCGUAAACAACGGCUCCGCAACGUAAAGGUUGUGAGUAGAACUUCCACGGUAGUGACUAAAUACACAUAGUCAUAUGAUGGUAUUUCAAGAGAAAGAGCGAACUCUCCCCACUUUCGACCGUACCAGGGGGAUCAAUACAAUUCGGCUAUGUAGCCAUUCCUUACGAUUCAACAUUUGAUUGAGAAUCUUGGUCGUCAACCUUACGGCAGAACAAAAAGCAUAUUUAAAUCUAAUGAGCGUUGCGAAAACGUCAACGUAGAGUUCAUUGAGUACUUUCAUUCUGAUUAUCACAUAAAUAAAUAGUUUAUGAAGACAUAGUUUUGUUCUCAUCAAUUUACCUGUUCGCUUAAUAAUUACACAAUUUACUUUUUGUAGGAUGACCAAAAAUAUGGUAUUUAUACGCCGCUUUUCGUACCAAUUGGUUUCGCCUUAUUCCUGUCAACAUAUCGAACAUUUAAACUAGUAUUCCGUGACAACAACUAAUAGGAAACAUUUUUAUUUUAAUUUUAUAAUAUUUGUUCGUACCGGCAAAAAUAAAGUAUCUAUACAACUA